AUGCCCAUUCCGACGCCAAAGUUCCCCUUCCGGGACAUCAACUUUUGGGUCACCAACGACGCCUAUACAUUCACCUCGCCGUCAGAACCGUCUGCUCCUGCACUGGUCAUUGACCGUCCCACGGGCGAUAUUCGCUUGAGCGACGUCGACCCACGAGCCGCUAAACGUGCAAACCGAGUGUCCAGCAUCGCCGGUAUUCUCGGCAUCAUCCAGUUGAGACUUGACAAAUAUGUCAUCAUUAUCAACAAAGCCCAACCCGUGGGCCGGUUGAAGGGCCAGAUGGUGUUCAAGGUUGUCGCCGCCGAGAUCCUCCCUAUGCGCGAACGCCAGAUCCACGAUCCAGAUGAGGAUACAUUCAUACGCCUUUUGAACACUUUUCUCCAGCGAGGGCCCAUGUACUUUGCCUACUCAAUCGACUUGACCAAUUCGUUUCAACGCCAGUCGCAGGCCGAUACCUCUCUCCCCCUGUGGAUGCGAACAGACGAUCGCUUCUUCUUCAACAAGCACCUCCAGUCCGACUUGAUAGAGUUCCGCAAUCGAGGUUCCAGAAGCCAGCCCGGAAAGCAGCCUCACGUAGAUCCAUACAUCCUCCCAUGUAUUUUCGGCAUGCUCGAGAUCAAACCCACCAGGUUUAAAAGCACACCUCUAACAAUGAUUAUCAUAUCUCGCCGGUCAAGAUAUCGUGGAGGAACGAGGUACUUCACCAGAGGCCUCGAUGAAGAGGGCCAUGCCGCCAACUACAACGAGACCGAGCAAGUCAUUAUUCUCAACGACAGCAGCCUGGGCCUGGGAGGCUACUCCCGCAGCAGUGACAUGCAGAGCGGCAAGCUCGGCAGCGAACCUGGCCAGGAAAUGCAAAUCAUGUCAUACGUCCAGACGCGUGGCAGUGUCCCAACCUACUGGUCCGAGAUUAACAGUCUAAAGUACACGCCAAAGAUCCAAGUCCGCAGCACGGAAUCGGCCCUUGCCGCGUCGCAGAAACAUUUUGACGAGCAGAUCCGCAUCUACGGCGACAACUACCUCAUUAACCUCGUCAACUCGAAGGGAAGAGAAUGUAGAGUCAAAGAAUCAUACGAGCAAAUGUACCGCUCGCUUGCGUCGUCCCCCAAGGAGCGUCGGGAAGCUGAUCGACUGACGGCCGAAAAGUUCACCACCAUCCAGCCCGGGUCGAGGAACCAGGAAUUCGACCGCCUGCACUACGUCUACUUUGACUACCACACAGAGACAAAGGGGAUGAAGAUGCACAAGGCGUACGCCAUCACAGAGAAGCUGCACGAAGAGCUGACCGCCCAGUCCUACUUCCGUGGAGUCGACACGCCCGCCAGCACCGACGGCAAGAUUGACGCCAGAAGCCUGCAGACCAGCGUAAUGCGCACCAACUGCAUGGACUGUCUGGACCGAACCAACGUUGUCCAGAGCAUCUUUGCUCGGUACACCCUGAACCGCAUCUUCGAGGACCUGGGCCUCAUACCCCGUGGCACUCAGUUCCGUGACCAAGACCCAGCCUUUGAGUUCCUCUUCCGCAACAUCUGGGCAGACAACGCCGACGUAGUCUCCACCGCGUACUCUGGCACCGGCGCCAUGAAAACAGACGUCACUCGCACGGGCAAGCGCACCAAGCUGGGUGCUCUGCAGGACGGCCGCAUCGGCAUCACCAGAUACUUCCUCAACAACUUCCGCGACGGGCCGCGUCAAGAUUCGUUCGAUCUAUUCCUUGGCGCAUACGACCCAAGCGUCACCAACGUCGGCACCAGCCUCAUCUUUGUCGACAGAAGACCCAUCCUCAUCCAGUCCAUCCCCUACCUCCUCGCCUUUAGUCUCUUCAUCGUCCUAAUCGGCGUAUUCACCAAGACCGCACCCGACGCUAAAGUCCUGCCCAUGAGACUCUUCAUCCUCUUCUGGAGUGCCAUUGCGGCGUGGUGUUUUCACUUUGUCUGGACGCACGGAAUGCUCUACGUCAACUGGCCGCGUUUGAACCCACGACCCUUCGCCGUGGACGGCUACACCGAACACUACGGCAAGGCACGCAAAGAUGCUGUCAUUGGAUCAUUUGUCGCCCGUCACGAGAGGGGUCUCAGCACAGCGAGAUAUCUUAAUGCGGAGGAGGGCAAGAAGAGGAUUGAAUAG